CAAUGUCACUCACGGAGUAUUCGCCUGAGGAGGUGGCAAGAGUUGCUGCCGAAUCCUCUCGACACCUUGCUACGCUGUCUGGUUUUGCUCGUAAUGAGGCUUUGGACUUGAUGUAUGCCGCGCUGUCAAAGCAAAAAUAUGCGAUCCUCGAAGCAAAUGCGAGAGAUGUCAAAGCGGCUACUAGAGCAGCGGAGAAAGGCGAAUUGAGCAUGAGCCUCAUUAAGAGAUUGGAUCUGGCAAAGCCCGGGAAAUAUGAAGACAUGUUGAAAGGCAUUCUGGAUGUGCGAGAGCUGGAAGACCCCGUUGGGAAGGUUACUCUCCGCACACUCUUGGACGAUGAUCUUAUUCUCGAAAGAAUGACAUGUCCCAUAGGUGUAUUGCUUAUAAUAUUUGAGGCGCGCCCAGAAGUGAUUGUGAACAUCGCAGCCCUAUCAAUUAAGUCCGGAAACGCAGCUAUCUUAAAAGGGGGCAAGGAAUCGACGGAAUCCUUCGUGACCAUCUCCAAUGUCCUUGCAGAAGCAAUAUCCCUGUCACAAGUUCCAAACGCUUCUAUCCAGCUUGUGAAAACAAGAGAUGCAAUCCUCCCCCUCCUUGCGCAGGAUAAACAUAUCGAUCUCGUCAUUCCCCGCGGAUCUAACGACCUCGUCCGCCACGUGAAGGAUAACACUAAAAUCCCCGUCCUCGGCCAUGCGGAUGGCAUCUGCUCGAUAUAUCUUCACUCGGAUGCCGACUUGUCAAUGGCGAAGAAAAUUAUCAUUGAUGCCAAAACCGGCUAUCCCGCCGCGUGUAACGCCGCGGAGACACUAUUGGUGGACCGCGAUGCCCUGUCCGUUCAGCUACCAGCCAUUGCGGAGGCCCUGCUCUCAAAAGGUGUCAGCCUUCGUUGUGAUGCUUUAUCGAAACAAGCUCUCCAGGAAAAGCUCACAGCGGCCCAAUCUGCACGACUGCAAGACGCAACCGAGACUGAUUACAACACUGAGUUUUUAGACCUCACUCUCGCCAUCAAAACGGUCACGCCUUCAUCCACGGAGACCUCUGUUGACGCCGCCAUUGCCCAUAUAAAUGCACAUUCCUCGAAACACACAGAUGCCAUUUUAACUUCCUCAAAGACUACUGCGGAACGUUUCCUGGCUGGUGUCGAUAGCGCUGGUGUUUAUUGGAACGCGAGCACUCGAUUAGCUGACGGAAUGCGAUACGGGUUUGGGACAGAAGUUGGGAUUAGUACGAACAAGAUUCAUUCGAGGGGACCAGUAGGCUUGGAGGGUUUGACUAUCUACAAGUAUUUAAUUAGGGGUAACGGUCAGGCUGCUGGUGAUUAUUUUGAAGGUGAGGGUGGGAAAAGCUGGAAACAUCGGCAGUUAAGUAUAUAGUUUCCUGGGGAAUGUCUGCCGCGGAGCGCAUAUGAUCGAUAUUCCCCCAGAAAGAAAAAGUAAUGACGUAUAUAAUUUGCCGGGGGAGGGAGCGGCUUCUCCGCUCCCCCCAACUUUUAUUCCAUCCCAAGUCUUGGAAUUUUAACAGUGUUAUCCCGUAGGUUACACCCUUGUAUGGUGGAUUGCAGGCUGAGACUACUACCCUAUACUCACUUUGUAGGAAACCCUUGUUACUGUUGUUUCGCUUCUCCCUUCCCUUUCAAUGAGGGUGGGAAAAAAACUCGGUGAAAUUCGACGAAAUAAAUAAAGAAAAGGUUCAGGAACUCCGGGGAGGUAAAGUUGUCAAACAUAACUCAUUAUGGGCUCGUUCAAUUUGACUAGAAACCUACAAUGGCCAACUUCGCAAGCCCGCCUCAAAUAUUUUGCUGAACCCAAAUAAGAACCAUAGAAAAAUAAACACCUUAAACCUUGAAGCCUCGCGACCGUCUCCGACCACGAGCUCGUUCGAAUUUUCGACCUUUACUUUGGACUCUUGGUUUCUACAGACAAAAAGCAGCGGGUUAGUAAAAACUGAAUAUCCAGGUGAGAUGAAUAUGCGUAUCUAUUGGAAAGCAUCUAACCUUUCCACUAUGUGGACCGAAUCCGAAAUGUUUGAAAGACUCCCUGGCAUUUUUGGGACCUCGUAGCAGCAAAGUAUUGGCGCCAGUUGGGGCUCUGAGCGCGAGUUGGUCUAGAGUCAAGGUCUCACCGCCAGCUUUUUCAAUUCUGGCCCUUGCGGUGGCAGUAAAUCGGAGAGCUGCGACCGACAUCUUUGGGACGUUGAGGAGGCGAUUGUCAUCAGUAAUGGUACCAACAACAACAAUAGUCUUUCCCUUGUUUGCUUCAGCGGUCUCCUUGGUCCCUACGGCGGCUACGAUUCGAGAUAGAGAAACGGGGGGACGAUUGACGCGUGACAUAAAGAGACGGCGUAGGAUGACUUUGUUGAAGUUCGAGUCGGUACGACCUGUUCGUUAUUUGGUUUUCAGAUCUCUAUUUUUUGUGGUGUGCCCUCUUUCGGCCUAAUUCUUCGAAAGGCUUCGCGGGGAUUUUAGCUUACGGGCAAGGAAGCGGUAAAGCUUCACGAGAAGUAGGAGGUAGACAUUCUCGCUCUUAGG